ACAGUUGUCUAAUGGGCUGCCUGGCGCUACUGGUGGCCGGCGAGGAGCUGGCUGUGGGCGCAUCAGAGAAGCUUGAAUCGAAUGCGCCGGCGACAAGCGGGUUCGAGACAGCGCACAAGGUGCCGGAGGCGAAUGCGUUGAACGAUGAGGGUUUCCACACGGCGCACAGGAUCAGCAUUCGGGCCACAGACACGGCUGACUACUCCAUGAAUUUGCUGGCUACCAAGGAGCGGCCCGAGCUGAAUCCAGUGCUCAGUGCGCUCAUCAACGAGGACGUCAUGAAGAGCAUCGAGGCCAAGCGCGCCAUCGAGGAGGAGGAGCUGGCCGAAGUGCGGCGCGAAAUCGAGCAAGCAGCGCUCGCCGAGCUGGCGCUGAAGAGCAGCGGCGCUGGCGUCACAGAGCAGCCCGCCCUGCAGCUAACCACACAGGCAACGGCGGCCAAGAAGAUAGACAAUCUGGAUGAUGACAUGGUGGUCGAUCCGCACGACGACUUCGUCAAUCAGAACUUUGCGCUGGACGGCGCUGGCAGCGAGACCAACAAGAAGUCGCGCAUCGAGAUCAAGAAGGGACCCAACGGCCAGGACUACGAGUACGAGUAUGUCUACUACUAUGAGGAGGACGAGGAUGCCGAUAGCAAGCCGAAGGCAGCCAUCGAUGCGCCCGCUGCCGUCGAGGCGCCCGCAGACCUCACGCCCGAGACGCGCGGCAAGACCCGUUAUUCCAACAUCGAUCGCAGCACCCCGGCCACGCCCAGCGAGAACAGCCUGCAGAGCGGCAAGGCCAAGGGCAGGGCCUCGAACGCCGUCAGCCCCGACAACAGCGAGGACAUCGAGGCGGAGCGUCUGCCCGUGAACACGCGCUUCCCCAGCCGUGGCAAGAACAUCGAUGUGCAGCCAACGCCGGCGCUGGAUUCGCUGGAGACGGCCGCCGAGCGCAAGAAGAUCAGCGUGAAGCGACCCAGCCUGGAGCUGGUCGACAGCGAGACCUUCAACACUGACGAGAAGCAGCUGAAGGGCUCACGCAACGGCGACAAGGAGCUGAAGCCCGUGAUUGCCGUCGAGCAGGAGCAGGCAGCCGCUGCUGCUGCAGCUGCGGCCGCCGCAGCCGCCAAGCAGGAGGAGGAGCGUGAUAUCACGGCCAAGCUAGACGAUGAGGCCGAGCAGACGACACCAUCCAUGGAGAAGGCCGCACUUGAUCUCUAUGCCAUACUCACCAACGAGAAUCUCAACAACGAUGAGACCACCUCAGCGGAUAUGAAUGACGAAACCACGCUGAGUCCCGACACCGCCAGCACCGACAGCGACGAUGCGGGCCUGACCACGCUGCAGGAUGAGCUGUCCUCGACAACGACGACGACCACAACAACAACGACAACCACCACAACCACCACAGAGGCACCCACCACCACAACGACAACAACAACGACUGCGGCCCCAUCCUUGUACGGCAGACGGGCGGGUCUCAACAGUCUGGCUGGACGCAAUCGGUUCAAGCUGCGCGACAGCCAAGGCAGCAGCACCACCACCACAACCACCGAGUCAACGCCCACGGAACCCACCAAAACUGGCCGAAAUCGCUUCUCACGUCCCUCAAUUGGCGGACGUUCCCGCCCUGGUGCCCGCACCACCGCCAGCCCUGAGCACGCCGCCGAGCCCGCUGCCGAGGAGGAAAUCGUAGCCACGAAGGAGGUGAAGCCCGUUAGCUCCGGCUUUGCACGUGGCAGACCACGCAACCGCUUCAAUCUGCGAGGAGCCAGCACAACCACCACCGAGAAGCCCGCCGGCGCUGAGGAGGGCGGCAGCGAUGCCAGCUCCGCGGACGCCGCGCCCAGCAGCACAACGGCCCGCAGCACACUGCGCAAUCGUCCCGGCCUGAAUCUGCGCGGACGCAGUCGCACCACCACAACGAAAGCGCCCGCCGCCGACGGAGCUGGCGCUGAGGAGGCCACCGAUGCAGAGAGCAAGGCAGCAGCGCCUGCGGCCGAGCCCGUGCGUCCGUCUCGCUUCAACUUGCAUCGCGCCGGCGGCAACCGACUGCUGCCACGCGGCAAGCUGGGACGCGCCGGCGCCACCACGGAGGCGCCCAAGGAGGCGGCCGAGGACUCGGCGGCCGACAGCAGCAGCCAUCACAACGACGUGAAGGGCACCGAGGGAGCGGACGGUGGCAGCGACUCGGCCGCCGAGAAGACUGACGAGGGCGAUCAAGCGGCCAACCACGCUGGACCCGUGUCCGGCUUGAAUCGCCUCAAGAACCGACCGCGCCUCAAUGCGCUGCACAAGACUGACGCGGCCAAGCCCAGGGCAGCCGCCGCUGCUCCAGGCGCAGCUGCUGGCACAUCUCCCGUUGCAACAGCACCGCGCAAAAUCAAUCCGCUGCUGGCCAAGCGCCGUCUGCAUUUGGGCGCAGCGGCUACCUCAACCACAGAGGCGCCCGCUGAGAGCGGCGACGGCGCCGAUGCGUCCGGCGAGCAGUCCGGCAAGGAGGAACAGUCGGCGUCCGCAGCAACCAGCUCGGACGAAGCUGCCGGCGAUGCGGCCAAGGAGCAGGAAACCACAGAGGCUGCGGAGGCAACCACCAAGCAGCAGGCGCGCGGCUUGGGACUGCUUGGCCAGCGUCGUCGCCUGCCCCUGCGAAAGCCAGGCACCAUACUGUAAAGCCCCCUCAAAUGACACAGCGCAAGCAGCAGGAGCCGCAGGAGCCGUGGCACGGCCCACUUCCCCUGCCACUCCCACUGCCAUGGCCACAGCCACUGCCAGAAGGCGGAAAUGAAAGUUUGCAACGGAUGUGGCAGUUGCCCCAAAUCCUGUUCCCUAAUUCCCUAUAUAUAUCCCAACCUCUUGCCCCGCCAUUUGCGCCUGCCAAUCGCCUCACCCUCUUUCUCUGCCCUCUAGAACUAGCUCUUUCAUUUGCCGCUUAUCCUCCUAAUUGGAUGGCUCGCACCAUCCAGAGCCAGCGAUAAUAAUUCCUCCAAUUUAUCCCCCAUUUGCGAAAUGUUUCUCUCGUACUACAAAUAUUUUGCAUGGGCUCCCGCUCCCUGCCCGACUUUUUUGUUCUGUUCUUAAAACGCAAUUAGCUUUUUACACAUACAAUAAUUAAAGUAAAAUAUUGAAAUAUUAUUUAAGUUGCCCCACACUCUCUUUGCGAAAA